AUGACGAAGCGCACCAAGAAGGUCGGCGUGACCGGCAAGUACGGUACUAGAUACGGCGCGUCUCUCCGCAAACAGGUCAAGAAGAUGGAAAUUACACAGCACGCUCGCUAUAUCUGCACCUUCUGCGGCAAGAACACCGUAAAGCGUCAGGCCGUUGGCAUCUGGAAGUGCAGAGGCUGCAACAAGACCGUCGCCGGUGGUGCCUGGACCGUCUCUACUCCCGCAGCGGCCGCCACGAGAUCAACCAUCCGUCGUCUAAGAGAAAUUGCGGAGGUGUAA